AUGUUUUCCUCAUCAAUCAAACAAAUCUUGAGAACUCCAGUUGUUAAACGUUCAAUAAUCUCAACUGUUCGUCCAACAAGCACAACUUUAAGAUUAACCACUUUAAACAGAAUCUCAGCCGUCAGAAACUACUCUGGUGCCCAUGAUGAAGAAACUUUUGAAGAAUUCACAGCUAGAUUCGAAAAAGAAUUUGAAGAAGCUUAUGAUUUAUUUGAAGUUCAACGUGUUUUAAACAAUGCAUUCUCAUAUGAUUUAGUUCCAUCUCCAGCUGUUAUUGAAAAAGCUUUAAGAGCCGCAAGAAGAGUUAACGAUUUCCCAACUGCUGUUAGAGUUUUCGAAGGUUUGAAAUACAAAGUUGAAAAUGCUGAACAAUACAAAGCUUACUUGGAUGAAUUGAAAACCGUUAGAGAAGAAUUAGGUAUCUCUUUGAAAGAAGAUUUAUUCCCAGAAUCUGUUAAUGAAAAACAUUUCAAUUAA